UUGAAAUUGAACUGAUGUGUUAUUUGCAGAUAGCUGGGCAUUAUUGAUUAUACUGACACAAUGGCGCACUAGAGCUUAGGCGCGCAUUACAUUUACUUCUUGACCCGGAGGGGCCACUGGAUGCAUGACUGGUGAUGAUGUCCAGUCCCGCCCCGCCCUGAACCGAGUGCGGGUUCCGCCCGUUGUGAGAGCGAGAGCGGGCUGCGCAAGGCUAUGCGGCGCGAACGACAGAGCUUUCCAAUUUUGUCACAGCCACCGGCAAACUCCGGUCCCAGUGAGGUCAGUGCUGUCCGCCUCACGCCGCGCUUUUAUAGCACAGACCACGCCUCUUGUUCACGUUCACGACUGACAACGAUCCCUGACGACUCUCGAUUGUGCGAAGCUACAAAGUAUACGUUAUGAAUUAUCGCGCGCCACCCCCGAGUUCUCGCCCACCCAGGACCAUGGUCUCGCGGAUGUACAAGUCGAACCUCCGGCCUGUUGUGGUAGUCACUGGUUUGAUAUCCGCAGGCUGGACCUUGGUUGGUGCGUUCCAGGAUAUCAAUGUCGAUGAAAAUCAUGCCACACCAAAGUUUGCAACUUUGGAUAUAGUGCUGGGUUCACUAUACAUGACGGCAUGCGUCAUUGAGCUGUUUGGUGUAGUUGCGGCCGUGAUGCAAACACUCCUUCUCGUCCGACUGUACACUUUCGCGUCUAUCGUGAGCGGGCUCGUGGUGGUCGCAGCAGGUUUCGCGAGGACUAUCACACACUUCACCUACAAGAAUGACCUCAUUAGUGAGUGUACGCAGAUCGCCCAGGGCGAGGAUGUUACCUUCAGGUUUGGGAUCUGGGGACCUUCAGUACAAGAUCAACUCUCUCCCAUUGAGGCGGCUGACUUCUGCAAAGAUGCCUGGAGUCACGACUCCUUCGGCGAGAUUAUCUCCUUGCUCAUCACGAUUGUGGUCUCGGGCAUCUUCAUCGCCAUUGCCUUCGCUUACUAUCGUCAGUGCCUCGACCCCACGUCACCCGCCAACGCUGCCCGUACACCUGCUUCCCAAAACCGUGUACAGGAACCUCAGUUCCCAGACCACUACAACCCGCCGUACAUGGCCUACGAUGCACCUCAGCAGACAUACGCUCCGCCUCCAGGCCCGCCGCCCCAGUUCGGCAAGACGGACAUGUACGAGGGCGGUGCUGCUGGCUUCGACCGUCAGCGCGAUGCUGACGAAGACACCCUCAAGGGCGAUGAUCCGUUCGCUGACUUUGAUGGACCCGGGCAUGGCAAGCUGGGUGGUGAGAGCAAGGAUGCGCUGGUUUAAAGGGGCUUUGAGAGAGGCAUCAGAAGCAUCGCUGCUAUGGACUAUUGAUGGACUGUUCUCCGAGUUAUCUUGCGCUUAUCGUGGUCGAGCUUUGCAUAUGCUGCUCUCGCUGCCUUGUAGAUUAGCGUCUCUGUAUGUAGCGUGUGCUGUAGUCGUGCAGUAUUAUCCAUCUCUAUUGACGUUCAC